GGUUAUAGUUUUAGCCUCUGACCUUGAAAUUUGGUUGGCUGCUCCUAAAAGAAACCCAGUUUUUCAAACUUCCCUCUCAACUUGGCUCCAAUCUCUUCCUUUCCCAUCAGAUUUUUCAUUUCCCUGCAAAUUUUCUCGCGAACCAAACAGAAAAUGGAUUCUGCCUUCCAAGCACAACCAAGAGAAUCCAUGAGCCUUAUGGAGCUUCUCCACAUCCAACCCAAGGAACUAUCAUUUUUAUUUGAAUUGGGAAAGCGCCUCACAAGCGAAAUUCAACUAGUCAAUAACACACAACACUAUGUUGCCUUUAAGGUUUUAACCACUCAUCCUAAGAAGUAUUCGGUUCAAUGGCCAAACGGAAUUAUUUGGCCGAAUUCAACAUGUGAAGUGAUUGUUACAAUGCAAGUUCAAAGGACGGCUCCAUCUGACAUGGGUUGUAAAGACAAGUUUUUAAUACAAAGUACAGUGGUUCCUUCUUGGACAGUAAGAGAGAAUAUUACUUCAAGUAUGUUUUUAAGAGAAGAGGGCAAGUAUGUUGAAGAGAAGGUGUUAAAAGUGGAAUUUGUUAGCCCCCCGUUGCAAAUUUAUGCACCAUUCAAGGAGAAAGAGGGCCUCUCCCACAAACCUCCCAAGCUCACAAAUCAAAAUAAUAUUGUACAAUUUGACCAAACUACCCCUGAGCUCCAAGAUCAAAACGCUGCGUCCAGGCCUUUCCUUUUGAAAUUGAAAGUCGAAUAAAACCAUGGCCAAAUUGCAAAAUACAUAAUACCAAUUCUUUUGAGUUUUGUACCUUUCUUCCUC